AUGAAACUGUGCAUAACGCUCUUUUGCCUAGGUCUGGUCCACUUGGGCGGCAUCAGUUCUGCCGAAACUUACCAAGAGGCGGCCGGCAGAACAAUUGCUAUUCAUGUGCCGGAGCAGAGCUCAUCGAGUGGAGGCUACAAAGGAGAACCGAAAUACUUGCCGCCGGUUUAUCUCUAUCCCCCACCUGGAAUUGAUUGUAAUUGCCCGCCGGGUCCACCGGGCCCGCCCAGUCGUCCAGGUAGACCGGGCAGACCCGGAAAUCCGGGCACUCCCGGCAGUCCUGGUCCAGUUGGACCCAAGGGUGAUGCCGGUACCCCAGGCGAACCUGGCGAAAAGGGAGACAAGGGAGAUACGGGCGACAUAGGCCCACCAGGACCCACGGGUCCACCAGGCAUAAGUUUACUUCGCCUGAAUGGAGAUGCGCGCUUGGUGACUCUGUCCCUAGACGAGGGCUUCGAUUCGCUUGAGGACGAAAACAAUUACUCUAUUUGUAAUUGUCCGCCCGGGCCACCUGGACCACCAGGUCCUCCAGGACACUCAGGCGAUCCAGGAAAACCAGGAUAUCCAGGGUCGAAAGGUGACAAGGGUGAUGAGGGCGAGAAGGGUGAGAAGGGCGACAAAGGAGAGAAGGGCGACAAGGGCCACACCGGUGCGCAAGGAGCUCAGGGACCACAAGGUACGCAAGGACCUCAAGGCCUUCCUGGAGCUCCAGGUCCACAAGGUUCUCAGGGACCGCCAGGCUCCCAAGGAUCCCAGGGAACACCAGGCUUACCAGGAUCACCAGGUUCACCAGGUUCUCAGGGACCUCUGGGAUUACCAGGCUCUUCGGGAUCUCCGGGCUCACCGGGAGCGCCAGGCCCUCUAGGACCAGCGGGACCGCCAGGACCUCCAGGACCACCAUCGCCCACAUGGCCCAUACCACCACCUCCACAUCAUCACCAACCGCCGCCAAUCAUUUACCCUUACCCUUUACCGCCAUACAACGGACAUCCAUCUCAUAAGGGAGACCAUCAUCACCAUCAUCACCACGAGCAUAAGCCGCACGAUCAUCAUCAUAAAGGAGAGCAUCACUCGCAUGAGCAUGAGCCGCACGAUCACAAUCAUAAAGGAGAGCAUCACCCACAUGAUCCGCAUGACUCGCAUGAUUCUCGUGAUCCGCAUGAUCCCCAUAGGCCUCACAAGCCCCACAGGCCCACAAGGAAACCUAUGACAACUGAUCCCGGAGUAAGGAAAUUCCAUACCCUGGAAUCUGCUCAGCCACAAGAAAUUACAACAGACUCUUCUGAAACUGAAUCGGAAAAUGUGCAGCGAAAUGAAGAGGAGGAUAUAAGAAGCGAAGAAGUCGAAGAUAAUGCUGUGGAGGUGCCUGAAGAGGAUGCGGCGCAAAUGAAAGAUUCUCUGAGGCACGACUCCGCAGAAAUAAAAUCUGAUGCAGCCGAACAGGCUAAGGAGAGCGAUGAAAAGUUUGAAGAUCAAGAAGACGAUUCAGGAAAGAAGUGGAAAUAG